CGCGGAGCUUUGAGUUGCCGCCCGGCGCCUCCGCGGGUCACCUGCCCGGCCCAGAGGCAUUUCAUCUUGAAGGGCUGGCUGCUCACACACACUUUUAUACCUGCUGGAGUGAUCAAGAAAUCAUGUCUGGUGGAAGAAGUGCGUUUCUGUGCCUUGGAAUGAUCUUGAGCUUUUGGAGCUCCAUGAGUUGGAUGCCUGUUGGAGGAUGCCCUCAUAAAUGUACGUGCAUUGCUUCCAACGUGGAUUGUCAUGGACUAGGACUCAAAACUGUACCGAGGGAUAUUCCCAGGAAUGCUGAGAGACUUGAUCUAGAAAAAAAUAAUAUAACGAGAAUCACAAAGAUGGACUUCUCAGGACUGAAGAAUCUCCGUGUCUUACACUUGGAAGAAAAUCAGAUCAGUGUGAUAGAACGUGGAGCAUUUCAGGAUCUAAAGCAACUUGAACGACUGCGUCUGAACAAGAACAAAUUGCAAGUUCUUCCAGAGCUCCUUUUUCAGAACACACAGAAGUUAACCAGAUUAGACCUCAGUGAAAACCAGAUAAAAGGAAUCCCUAGAAAGGCCUUUCGAGGAAUCAUUGAUGUGAAGAACUUGCAGCUGGACAACAACCAGAUCAGCUGCAUCGAGGAUGGAGCUUUCCGCGCCCUGCGCGACUUGGAGAUCCUUACUCUCAACAACAACAACAUCACUCGCAUUCCUGUUACCAGUUUCAAUCACAUGCCAAAGAUCAGGACUCUGCGGCUGCAUUCCAACUUCCUGCACUGCGACUGCCACCUGGCCUGGCUGUCCGACUGGCUGCGGCAGCGACGCACCAUCGGGCAGUUCACCUUCUGCCUGGCGCCGGUCAGCCUGCGGGGCUUCCUUGUGGCCGAGGUGCAGAAAAAGGACUUUGUCUGCUCUGGUUCCCAGUCUGAACCACCAUCAUGCAGUGCCAGUUCCAUCACUUGCCCAUCUGCCUGCACCUGCAGCAACAAUGUGGUGGAUUGUCGAGGAAGGGGCUUAACAGAAAUUCCAGCUAACCUACCGGAGGACAUUUGGGAAAUCCGUUUGGAACAAAACCUCAUCAAAAUCAUUCCCCCUGGAGCUUUUACCCAGUACAAGAAACUUAAGAGAAUAGACAUCAGCAAGAAUCAGAUAUCUGACAUUGCACCAGAUGCCUUCAAAGGCUUGAAAUCUCUCAUUUCAUUAGUGCUCUAUGGAAACAAGAUCACAGAGAUUCCCCAGGGCCUUUUUGAUGAUCUUGUGUCUCUGCAGCUGCUGCUUCUCAAUGCCAAUAAGAUCAACUGCCUGAGGGUAAACACGUUCCAAGGUCUGCAUAAUCUCAAACUGCUAUCUCUUUAUGACAACAAAUUGCAGACCAUCAGCAAGGGGCUUUUUGCACCUCUCCGAUCGAUUCAAACUCUACAUUUAGCUCAGAAUCCAUUUGUGUGCGACUGCCAUUUGAAGUGGCUGGCUGAUUACCUGCAGGAUAAUCCGAUAGAAACCAGCGGCGCUCGAUGCAGCAAUCCGCGUCGCCUUGCCAACAAACGAAUCAGCCAGAUCAAGAGCAAGAAGUUCCGCUGCUCAGGGUCAGAGGAUUACAGAAGUAAAUUCACUGGGAAGUGUUUCAUGGAUCUUGUCUGUCCUGAGAAGUGUCGCUGUGAGGGAACAGUUGUGGACUGCUCCAACCAAAAGCUCACCCGCUUACCCAGCCACCUUCCUGAAUAUACCACUGAUCUGCGUUUGAAUGACAAUGAUAUUUCUGUUCUGGAAGCUAUUGGACUCUUCAAGAAACUGCCCAACCUCAGAAAAAUAAAUCUGAGCAAUAAUAAGAUCAAGGAGAUUCGAGAAGGCACGUUUGAUGGAGCUUCAGGAGUUCAGGAGCUGAUUCUGACAGAGAAUCAACUGGAAUCAGUGCAUGGACGAAUGUUUAGGGGCCUUACGGGGCUGAAGACAUUGAUGCUGAGGAGCAACUCUAUCAGCUGCAUAAACAAUGACACCUUUGCUGGACUGAGCUCGGUGAGGCUUCUUUCUCUGUACGACAAUCACAUCAGCACCAUCACACCUGGAGCCUUCAGCACAUUAGUCUCUUUGUCUACAAUCAAUUUGCUGGCUAACUCCUUUAAUUGUAACUGUCAUUUGGCCUGGCUGGGAAAGUGGCUGAGGAAGAAGAGAAUUGUCAGUGGAAAUCCACGCUGCUUGAAACCCUUUUUCUUGAAGGAUAUUCCAAUCCAAGAUGUAGAUACCCAGGAUUUCACCUGUGAGGGUAACGAUGAAAGCAGCUGCUUGCUUUCUCCUCCAUGUCCUUCCCAGUGUACCUGCAUGGACUCGGUGGUACGCUGCAGCAACAAAGGGCUGCGAGUAAUGCCCAAAGGAAUUCCCAAAGAUGUGACUGAGCUAUACCUGGAAGGAAACCACCUGACUGCUGUGCCAAAGGGACUCUCCGCCUUCAGGCACCUGACACUGAUUGAUUUGAGCAACAACAGCAUAAGUGUAUUGGCCAAUUAUACCUUCAGCAACAUGACCCAGUUAUCAACACUCAUCUUGAGCUACAAUAGACUUCGGUGCAUUCCAGUCCAUGCGUUCAAUGGACUCAGGUCUCUUAGAGUGCUGACGCUCCAUGGAAAUGAUAUUUCCAGUGUUCCUGAAGGUUCCUUCAAUGACCUGGUGUCCCUGUCUCAUCUGGCUCUAGGUACCAACCCUUUACACUGUGACUGCAACCUCCGCUGGCUUUCCGAGUGGGUGAAGGCAGGGUACAAAGAGCCAGGAAUAGCCCGCUGCAGCGGGCCAGAAGCCAUGGUGGACAGGCUGCUGCUCACAACACCAACUCACCACUUCCAGUGCAAAGAGCCAGCAGAUAUCAGUGUUGUGUCCAAGUGUAACCCCUGCCUCUCCAAUCCAUGUAAGAACAACGGGACAUGCAGCAACGAUCCAGUGGAGUUUUAUCAGUGCACCUGCCCUUUUGGCUUCAAGGGUCGGGACUGCAGUGUGCCCAUUAAUUCUUGCAUUCAAAAUCCAUGUCAGAAUGGAGGGACCUGCCACCUCACCGAGGCAAAUAAAGAUGGAUUCAGCUGUUCUUGCGUCCUCGGCUAUGAGGGGGAGAGGUGUGAAAUAAACCCAGAUGACUGCGAAGAUAAUGACUGUGAGAAUAACUCUACAUGUGUGGAUGGGAUCAACAACUAUGUCUGUCUCUGUCCUCCUAAUUACACAGGUGAACUGUGUGAUGAGGUGAUUAACCACUGCAUUCCUGAGCUAAAUCCAUGCCAACAUGAGUCCAAAUGUGUUCCACUUGACAAAGGAUCCAGAUGCGAGUGCUUGCCUGGUUACAGUGGCAAACACUGUGAAAUAGAUGAUGAUGACUGUGUGGGCCAUAAGUGUCGCCAUGGAGCUGUCUGCGUAGAUGCAGUCAAUGGCUACACCUGCAUCUGUCCUCAGGGCUUCAGUGGACUUUUCUGUGAAACUCCUCCACCGAUGGUUCUGCUCCAGACAAGCCCAUGUGAUAACUAUGAGUGCCAGAACGGCGCCCAGUGCAUCGUCGCGCACCAGGAGCCCGUCUGCCGCUGUCUUGCUGGCUUUGCUGGGCAGAAGUGUGAGAAGCUCAUCACGGUGAACUUUGUUGGAAAGGAUUCCUAUGUGGAAUUGCCAUCAGCCAAAAUUCGCCCCCAGGCAAACAUUUCCCUCCAGGUAGCAACAGACAAGGACAAUGGCAUCUUGUUAUACAAAGGAGACAAUGAUCCUUUGGCUCUGGAGUUGUACCAAGGACAUGUGAGACUCAUCUAUGACACACUAAAUUCUCCACCUACCACAGUAUACAGUGUGGAAACUGUAAAUGAUGGGCAGUUUCAUAGUGUGGAACUUGUGAUGCUGAAUCAAACUCUGAACCUGGUGGUGGACAAGGGGACUCCCAAAAGUCUUGGAAAACUCCAGAAACAGUCUUCUGUCAGCCUCAACACACCGCUCUACAUUGGAGGGAUCCCGACCUCUACUGGAUUAUCUUCACUGCGCCAGGGUGCAGAUAAGGCACCAAGUGGCUUUCAUGGAUGUAUUCACGAUGUUCGCAUCAAUAACGAGCUACAGGAUUUCAAGGAUUUACCACAGCAGUCAAUAGGAGUCCUUCCUGGCUGUAAAUCCUGUAACAUCUGCAAGCACGGCAUUUGCCGAUCCCUGGAAAAAACAAGUGUGGUUUGUGAAUGUCACCCAGGCUGGACAGGCCCCCUGUGUGACCAGGAAAUUGGAGACCCAUGUCUUAACCACAAGUGUCUGCAUGGUAAGUGCAUGGCAGCCAAUGUUGCUUACACCUGUAAGUGCAUGGAAGGCUACACAGGCAUGUACUGUGAGAAGAAGAACAAUUCCUCGAACCCGUGCAGGAUUUUGAAAUGCAACCAUGGGCAGUGUAAGAUUUCUGAGCAUGGGGAACCCUACUGUGAAUGCGAUCCCAACUAUAGCGGAGACCACUGUGACAAAGAGAAUCUCUGCCAAGGGGAGAUCAUUCGAGAAGUGGUCCGUAAGCAGCAGGGCUACACAACGUGUGUCACCGCCUCCAAAGUGCCCCGCAUGGAAUGCCAUGGCAGCUGCAGCAGCGGGCAGUGCUGCGUCCCACUGCGGAGCAAAAGGAGGAAAUACUUCUUCCAGUGCGUGGAUGGCUCCACCUUCACAGAGGAACUGGAGAGACACGUGGAGUGCGGCUGCUCAAAAUGCUCAUAAGCCAUUCUCCAGCCUCUCGCCACUUUAAUCGACUCAGAAGUGCUAUGAAAAUGGGACCUAUUUACUUUCAGAGUGAAGAAGAAAAGAAUUAUUAAGUAUAUUGUAAAAUAAACAAAAAAUAGAACUUAUUUUUAUUAUGGAAAGUGACUAUUUUCAUCUUUUAUUAUAUAAAGUAUCACACCACUUUGGGUAUAUGUAUCAUAUAGUGAGUUAUUUUUACCAUGAAACUUUUUUUAACAGUUGUAAGAAAAAAAGAAUUAAAAAGUUAAAAUUUAAAAAAAUUAUAUAAAGAAAACAUAGCCUAA